AUGAAUUCGAUUCUCAAUGAAAACAAUACACUUGUGGCCACUCGGGAAGGUCUUGAGUUCGAUUCUCACUGGGAGCAAUACACACGUUGGUCUUCACCCAACUUAACAUGUCGCCUAUCUGCCGGGAUAGCUAGACAGGUCCAUUCCAUCGCACGUGUUCACUAUCAAUAUUCAACCAUGAGGGUUUUAGAGGUGUUUGGCGUUUUAGGGUUUUUAUUUAAUAUAACGAGGAUUUGGUGGGGUUAUCACUUAUCAUAUGAUUUGCGACAGGACUAUAUAAUUCUUCUUCUGCCUCUCGGUGUCGGCCCACACACACAUUCUCUCUCUGUCGCUUGUCUCCGCGUAGAAUCCCAAACCCACCAACCAACAAAUCGCUCACCAGAACCCCCACAGCAAACACACCAAGGUUUUUUUGAUGGUUCGAAUGUAGGAGGUAGCUGUUGUCCUGCUCUCUCGGGUGCUCCAGAAUAUGCAAGUUGUGGGAGACUGAAUGAAAUAAGUAAAAAGGGAGUGUGUUGGUCAGAGCUAAAACGCACUGACAUGGCGCAGUGGGGUGCCUGCCGGCGACUCAGAGUGGUUUGCGAGGAUGCUGAAAAUGAUACUCAACUCUCAUCCACCGUAGUUAAGGAAGAAUGUGCAAAAGAUGAUGAAAGUGUGCCGGCUGGGUCUGCUGCGACACCUGAGACACGGAAGCGAAAACGUGUUACCCCCAGCCUUCAAAAGGAAAUGAGCAUGGGGAUAAGUGAAGCCAAGACAAAUCAAAAGGCUGCAAAAGAUGCUAAGCAGAGGCUUAGUAGCAGUUUCCAUAAACGUAAGCAAACCAAGCCUGGGGAUUCUACAGACAGGUGGUCUACAGAAAGGUAUAAAAUGGCCGAGAAAAGUAUGUUCGAGGUCAUGAAAGCUGAAGGGGCUGUUUUUGAUAAUCCUAUUUGCCGGGCAGCAUUGCGAUUGGCUGCUCGGAAACGCAUCGGUGACACCGGACUGCUAGACCACCUACUAAAAGACAUUGACGGUCACGUUGCACCAGGGGGUUCUGAGCGGUUUCGACGUUGUUACAAUACUAAUGGGGUAAUGGAGUAUUGGCUGGAGAGUGCAGACUUAGUUAAGGCUGGGGGGGCAGAUUCAAAAAGGUUUUCGCCAUCUUUGAACAAAUCUGUUGGUGGCCCCUUCCAUGAUCCUGAUUGUGCUGGUGAAGUGAAGCUGCUUCAAGCUGAAGUGGCGAGAUUGAAGAGGGAUAUGCAGGAGCUGGUAUCCACAAACCGAGAGAAAAAUCAAGCCAAUUCAGUUGAGGAGAUGCACAACGAAUUGAUUAAAUUGGAAGCUAGUACCUCAAAACGUUUGAUGGAGAUUUCAACUUCAUUGAGUGGUAUGCAGGAAAUGUAUCGGGAUUUUGUACUGUGGAAAGAUAGAAUCGGGCAACAGGUAACAGAUAUUUCAACUACCGUGAACAGUCUUCAGGCAUCAAAUCAGCACACUUCUGUGGUUCCAACUUCUGAACGAUGGGAAGACUGGUUGGAGAGCACUAACUUAGAUAAUAUUCCCUGUUAUGAAUUUGCCUCUUGGGUAGAGAGCACUGAUCUGAUUAAUAUUGGGAGUGAAACUGAGCUGCAACAGCCUUGCUCAGCCCCCCAAGCAGGUUUGAAGCCUGUCGAUGGCCCCUCUCAAGACCUUGUUUGCAUUGGAGUGCCAAAGGCAUUCAAGGAAGAUAUGGCCUGGAAGAGGGAUGGGCUGGAGCUGGGACACCAAAGGAUUGAAGAAGACCAUGCUACUGUAACCCCAGAUUCUUCCAUUACUGCUAACUCGAAGAUAGAUCUUGAUACUUCAUGUCUUCUGUUUCAGGAAAUGCUUAAGGAGCUGGUGAAAUGGAAAGCUAACAUGGAACAACAGCUAGUGGAGAUUUCAAGUUCUGUUACUGCAAUGCAGGCUUCUAAGUAGUGAACUGCACUGCCUGUUUAGCUGUUUUAAUCAAAGGUUGAAAUGAUAGGAUAGGAUGUUGGUAAGUAUAAUUUGAGUUUUCUUAUAUGUGGUUAGUCAUCUUUAGACUAGUGGGAUUUAGGUUUCUGUACAGGUUUACAAAUCUGAAUCAUGAUAUCGUCCAUUUUGGAUCGGAUAUAAUGGCAGUAGGAUUUCUGACAUUUUGGCCAUCGGACGAUGAACUUGUUACCAGUGAAAUUAGUCGUUGAGGUGGUUGUGCUUUACCGGUCAUGGGCUAUGUCCAAAGCUGCAUAGCCUUCUAAUGAGCCUUGUAGAUCCUCUCUAGGAAUGUGCUUCUGAUACUAAAUCAUCACCUAUGAAUUCCUAUUUUGCAUACAUAUUUAUC